AUGGCCUUGAUUUCGCGUUUGAAGAAGAGACGCCUAUCUCGAUCUGCCCGUUGCCCUGUCGGCAUUCGACGUUGCCUCGACGUCUGUCAUGCCACAAGUCAGACGUCGUCAGACUCCGAUCUCCUUUCUACAAAAGCUCUCAGAUGGCACCGAGUCAACCAGCCUAACCGGCUAGUCCUUGCAUGUUCAAGAGAGAGUAGAAACACCAAAGCCUGA